CCGCCAUUUAUUAUCAAUGUUUACGUUGAAAUUAGAACAAAAACUACAUAACUUGCAUUAACAAACAUGUCUCACACAAGAGCAAGUUCAUUAAUCAGCCAGGAAGAGUCAGAACCGAGCGAAGCAGAUACAUUUCGAAUCCUCCUAGCCACCGACAUUCACCUGGGCUAUGCCGAAGAUCACCCAGUGAGAGGUAACGAUACGUUCGAAACGUUCGAAGAAAUACUUCGAAUCGCCGUCGAGGAAGAUGUCGACUUUAUCCUGCUGGGAGGAGACUUGUUUCACUUCGCCCAGCCCACUCCCAAUUGCAUCCACAAGUGCUUGGAGCUGUUGAAGAAAUAUUGUUUGGGGGACAAGCCCGUAAGCGUCGAAUUCUUAUCCGAUCCCAACCUUAAUUUCACCCGAAGCGAAAAUUCCACUGUUAACUACGAAGAUCCUAAUUUGAACGUGAGCAUGCCGAUAUUUUCGAUACACGGCAACCACGACGAUCCUACUGGAAAGUCCAAAACUUCUUCGUUAGACAUAAUCUCCGCCACUGGGCUCGUUAACUACUUCGGUAAUUACAACAACUACGACAGCAUUGAAAUAUCUCCGAUACUGCUCCGAAAGGGCGCUACUAAAUUAGCCCUAUAUGGCCUAUCGCACAUAAGAGACGAGCGACUCGGCAGGCUCUUCUUAGAAGGGAAAGUGAAGAUUCUAACGCCGGACGAUAAAGACGAUUGGUUUCAUUUGCUCGCAUGGCACCAAAACAGGGUCGCGAGGAGCACUAAAAAUUUCAUUCCCGACGAUUCUCUGCCGGACUUCUUGGACCUCGUGCUUUGGGGACACGAGCACGAUUGUCGCAUCGAACCCGAGCGAAAAGUGAACGGUGUUUACGUAACUCAACCCGGCAGUUCGGUCGCUACAUCGUUGACUCCCGGAGAGGCCAUUCCCAAGCACGUGGGAGUUUUGAAAGUAGCCGGGAGGGAAUUUAAAAUCGAACCGAUUCCCUUGAAAACCGUACGACCUUUCAUUAUUAAAGAACUGGCCUUACACGAUCCCCCUGAUGACAUAGGCGAUGUUACGCCUAUGGAAUACAGCAAAGAUUUGAUACACACCAAAAUCAGGGAAAUGAUAGAGGAAGCGAAGAGUAUGGGACAAACCGCCGAAGUUUCAGAGAAACCUCUUAUAAGGCUAUCGGUGAAAUAUAAUAAGGAAAGUUUAACGUUUAAUUCCAUUCGAUUUGGGCAUAGCUACGCCGAUCAAGUAGCCAAUCCCGAUAGUAUGGUCAAAUUUCAAUCUAUAAGGGACGCCCAGAGGAGGAAAGGGAAUGCAUCGAUUGCAGCAGAAGGGGAAGCUGAAGACGAUGAAUUGAUACUGGCCGAUUGCAUCGAAGAGUUCAUCGCCGAACGGUUGGAAAACAAAUUGAAGUUCUUCUCUAAGAAUUCAUUGAUUCAAGCGGUAAUGAAGAGCAUAGGAUCGAGCGACAAGAACGCCAUCAUCGACAUCGGUGAUAGUUACAGGAAGAAACUUAUGGAGGCUCUCGUUAGAGACAAGCCGGAUUCCAGUCGAGUCGAUCAGUAUGUGAGGGAAUUUAAAGACAAGGUGGAAAACGACGAUGAUUUCGCCAAGGUGUUGUUGGGAAGCUCCACAACGAUGGAAUCUCCGGAAAACCAAACAUCGGUUGUUACUAUAGAUGGUGAUGAUUGUGAUGACCAAGUGCCACAGACAUCUACGAGAGGAAAAAGAGGCAGAGGAUCGCCAAGGGUGCAGGCGCCGACAAGGGGCAGAGGCAGGGGUAGGGGCAGAGGGAAAAAGGCCGCAGCUAAUUAAAAAUAUAGUUGCUGUUAUUUUCUCAUUUAUUUUUGUACUUUUUUAAUGCUAAUGUUGAUUUGUUGUUUCUUUGGUGAAUAAAUUGUUCUUCGC